GUUGGAUUUUAAAGAUAAUUUAAUAACAAUUAUUAUGAUUAUAAUGUUACACGAGUUUCAGCUAAUUUAAAUGUAAAUAUUAUUAUUUUUAAUUAUUAAUAAUUGUUGUUAUAAUUGUUGUUAUUGGAUAUUUUUAUUUUAUUGCUUAAUAGUAAUGUUAAAUUCAUGCGUAUUAAAAAAAAUAUGAUAUCAAUAGAUUGAGAGUGAUAACUGCGAUAAGAAAAAAAAUGCUCAAAUGAUGAAUCAGUUACCUAGAUAUUUAAUCAUAACAACCGGAAAAGAAUUAUUCAUAUUAAUAUGAGUAUUGUUGAAAUAAUAGCAGAUUAAAAAUUGACAAGAUUUAAUUUAUUUAUUCAUUUUGCAAGUCAGUUAAUAGUCUUACUGUUGAUACGUGAAUAAUCCUUGUAUUAUAAUAAUCAAGUUUAUUACAUUAAAUUUAUCAAACUGUUAAAAUAUUAGUAUAUAAAGACGAGUCAUCAUUAAACAAUAAUUUAAUAUUGUUUAACGUUGCUUAGAACAGAGAACUGAUAAGGUGAAGAGUUUAAAAACUAGAGAACUUGGAAUUGUGAAAUUAUAAUUCGUUUACUCGUUGACUUGAGUACAACUCGCAAUAUCAAGAUGCGUGGUUUGACAUUUAUUUUAGCAGCAGUAUUAGCACUUGGAAGUGUUUCAGCAUCUCAAAAAAGAAUUGUCUGUUACGUUGGCACAUGGGCAGUAUAUAGACCUGGUGAUGGAAAAUUUGACAUUGAUCAUAUUGAUCCAUAUCUUUGUACUCAUGUGAUAUACUCAUUUGUUGGUUUGAGUGGUAACAAAGUUACACUUCUUGAUUCAUGGCGAGAUCUACCAGAUGGUGGUGGUUUAGAUGGAUUUAAAAAAAUAAAUGCACUACGUCAAGUAAACCCUAGCCUCAAGACCCUGGUUGCCAUUGGUGGAUGGAAUCAAAGAUCUGAAAAAUAUUCAACAAUGUCAAGUACUGCUGAAUCACGUGAAGAAUUUGCUAAUGAUGCUGUUGCAUUUGUUAAAAAAUAUGGCUUUGAUGGUUUUGAUAUUGAUUGGGAAUAUCCAGCAAAUGCAGCACAAGGUGGUGUUCCAGCUGAUUACGUUAAUUAUGUUGAAUUGCUUAAAAUAGUAAAAGCUAAAUUUGAAAAAGAAGGUCUUAUUUUAAGUGCUGCUGUUGCUGCUGCUGAAUCAACAGCAUCACAAUCAUAUAAUAUUUUAGAAAUGAGCAAAUAUCUUGAUUUUAUCAAUAUCAUGGCAUAUGAUUUUUAUGGUUCAUUUAGUUCUGGACUUGGAAUGAAUGCUGCUUUAAAACCAGGUGAUAGUGAUACUGGCAAUCAUCGUCAAUUGAAUAUUGAUGCUUGUGUUAAUUACUGGAUAAAAUCAGGAGCUCCAAAAGAAAAAUUAAAUCUUGGAAUUCCAUUUUAUGGUAGAGCAUUUACAUUGAGUAAUCCAAGUAGCAAUAGCAUUGGAUCAUCAUUUUCUGGUGCUGGUGCAGCUGGACCAUAUACUCGUGAAGCUGGUAUGCUUGGUUACAAUGAAAUUUGUGAAAUGCAUUUAAAAGAACAAUGGGAUAUUCAUUAUGAUGAACAACGAUGUGUACCAUAUGCCCAAAAAGGAAAUCAGUGGAUCAGCUUCGAUAACAUUGACUCAAUAACACAAAAAGUCAAAUUUAUCAUUGAAUUGGAUCUUGGUGGUGCUAUGGUUUGGAGUUUAGAGACAGAUGAUUUUAGAGGUAAAUGUGGUAAAAAAUAUCCACUAUUAAAUACAUUGCAUGAAGUAUUAAGUGGAAAUGAACCAACUAAACCAGUAAUAACAACACAAAAACCAACAUCAACAACUGCUCAACCAUCAGUGACAACAACAACAGCUGCACCAACACACCCAUGGACAGAUAAACCAAGUGGAUCAUUUGUUUGUCCUGGUCUUGGAAAUUUUGCUGAUCCAGAAUCUUGUAAUUUUUAUCAAUGUGUUCAUGCUGCAAAUGGUGGAUACACUGCUAUCAAGACACAAUGUCCAAGUGGAUUAUGCUGGAACUCUGAAAAAAAUUAUUGUGAUUGGGUUUAAAAUUUAAUUUUAUAAAUUAAUAUUUCAUUUACAACAAAAUGCAAAGUACUCGAAUUUUCGUGUUAUUAUUACGUAAAAUUUUCAUGGCUCAUUGUUUCAAUUAAAAUGUACAAAAAAUAAAAUAAAAAAUAAUUAAUAAAAUAAAGUUGUAUUUUUUAA